GACGAAUCAGUGAAACAAUAUCUCAAACCCAGAAACCAACAAUAAUUCAUAGAUUACUACUAUACAAAAUUCUAUAUAACUAUAAUCUGUUCUCUUGUGUGUUUCUCGCGUGGCUUGCGUGUUACUUCAUUCAUCACUGCUUUAGCUUCUCCUCAUAUGAAUCUCGAGGCAAUCCAGUCACUGACUUUUCUCACUCCCCAUCUCUAGGGUUUCUCUCUUUCCCUUAUUUUAUAAUUUAUUUCAUUGAAUCUCUGAAUUUCAUUCUCUUUUGUGGAGUACAUUUGUGUAAAGCUUAGAUUUUUAUUUGGGUUUCAAGCAAACCGAGAAAAGAAACGAUUAGAUCUCCUUUUUCUGGGUUUGUUCUCAAAGAUUUGUUCUGUUUCAGUUCUUCCAAUUUGGGGGGAUUUUAUGUUGGAUCCAGUCUCUAAAGGUUCGAUUUUGAUGUGUUUCCUUGAUAUGUAAUCAGAUUUGAAUCUUAAAGUUUCUAUCUUUAUGACUCCUUUCAGGUUAAAACUGUGAGCAUUUGGAGUAGCAAAAGUAACAAAGCAUGGCAACACUUAAAGACAUUGGUGUAUCAGCAGGGAUAAACAUCCUCACUGCAUUCAUUUUCUUCAUAAUCUUUGCGUUUUUAAGGCUUCAGCCAUUCAACGACAGAGUUUACUUCUCCAAAUGGUACCUCAGGGGGUUAAGAAGCAGCCCUGCAAGUGGCGGCGGAUUCGCGGGGCGGUUUGUGAAUUUGGAGUUGAGAUCAUACCUCAAGUUCUUGCAUUGGAUGCCUGAAGCUCUUAAGAUGCCUGAGCGUGAGCUGAUUGAUCAUGCUGGUUUAGACUCUGUUGUCUAUCUCCGGAUUUACUGGCUCGGGCUUAAGAUUUUUGCUCCAAUAGCAAUGCUUGCUUGGGCAGUUCUUGUACCGGUUAAUUGGACAAACAACGAGUUGGAGUUGGCUAAGCAUUUUAAGAAUGUGACUUCAAGUGAUAUUGACAAACUAACAAUUUCGAAUAUCCCAGAAGGUUCAAAUAGGUUUUGGGCUCAUAUCAUAAUGGCUUAUGCCUUUACAAUCUGGACUUGUUAUAUGCUGAUGAAGGAGUAUGAGACAGUUGCUAACAUGAGGCUUCAGUUUCUUGCCUCAGAAGGCCGUCGACCUGACCAGUUCACUGUUCUUGUUAGGAAUGUACCUCCGGACCCAGACGAAACUGUGAGUGAGCUUGUGGAGCAUUUUUUCCUAGUUAAUCACCCUGAUAACUACCUCACACAUCAGGUUGUAUGCAAUGCAAACAAGCUCGCGGAUUUGGUUAGUAAAAAGACGAAGCUGCAGAACUGGCUUGACUAUUAUCAGCUCAAAUACACUAGAAAUAAUUCUCAGAUCAGACCUAUAACGAAGCUUGGGUGCCUUGGCUUGUGUGGACAAAAAGUUGACGCAAUCGAACAUUACAUUGCUGAAGUAGAUAAAACAUCAAAAGAGAUUGCUGAAGAGAGAGAGAAUGUGGUGAAUGAUCAAAAGUCAGUCAUGCCAGCAUCUUUUGUCUCUUUCAAAACCCGUUGGGCUGCUGCUGUUUGCGCUCAGACCACGCAGACCCGAAACCCAACUGAAUGGUUAACCGAAUGGGCUGCAGAGCCGCGUGAUAUAUAUUGGCCAAACCUAGCGAUUCCAUAUGUUUCUUUGACUGUGAGAAGAUUGGUUAUGAAUGUAGCCUUCUUCUUCCUUACCUUCUUUUUCAUCAUCCCUAUCGCGUUUGUACAAUCUCUUGCUACCAUUGAAGGAAUUGAGAAAGUUGCACCGUUCUUGAAAGUCAUUAUCGAAAAAGAUUUCAUAAAAUCGCUGAUACAAGGUUUGCUAGCCGGUAUUGCGUUGAAGCUUUUCCUCAUCUUUCUGCCAGCCAUACUGAUGACCAUGUCCAAAUUUGAAGGCUUUACUUCAGUUUCAUUCUUAGAAAGACGAUCCGCGUCUAGAUAUUACAUCUUUAACUUAGUGAACGUCUUUCUUGGAAGUGUUAUCGCUGGAGCUGCGUUUGAGCAGCUUAACUCUUUCCUCAAUCAAUCGCCUAAUCAAAUCCCUAAGACUAUUGGCAUGGCGAUACCGAUGAAAGCAACCUUCUUUAUCACAUAUAUAAUGGUUGAUGGUUGGGCAGGAGUUGCAGGAGAGAUUCUUAUGUUGAAACCUCUCAUUAUAUACCACCUCAAAAACGCAUUCUUGGUGAAAACAGAGAAAGACAGAGAGGAAGCAAUGAACCCGGGAAGCAUCGGUUUCAACACUGGAGAGCCUCAGAUACAGCUUUACUUCCUUCUUGGUCUUGUCUAUGCUCCUGUGACACCAAUGCUUCUUCCUUUUAUCUUAGUCUUUUUCGCUCUUGCUUAUGUCGUAUACCGCCAUCAGAUCAUAAAUGUGUAUAAUCAAGAGUAUGAGAGCGCUGCUGCGUUUUGGCCGGAUGUUCAUGGACGGGUUAUAACGGCAUUGAUCAUAUCUCAGUUGCUUCUGAUGGGUUUGUUAGGUACAAAACAUGCCGCUUCAGCUGCUCCGUUUCUCAUUGCUCUUCCUGUGAUUACUAUCGGUUUCCACCGCUUCUGUAAAGGCCGUUUCGAACCUGCCUUUGUCCGUUACCCCUUACAGGAAGCUAUGAUGAAAGAUACAUUGGAAAGAGCAAGAGAGCCAAAUCUGAACCUGAAAGGUUACUUGCAAGACGCUUAUAUUCAUCCGGUUUUUAAAGGCGGUGAUAAUGAUGACGACGGUGACAUGAUCGGAAAAUUGGAGAAUGAAGUCAUCAUAGUGCCAACAAAACGCCAAUCGCGGAGGAACACUCCUGCACCGAGCAGAAUCAGCGGUGAAUCGUCUCCAUCUUUGGCCGUUAUUAACGGUAAAGAAGUCUAGUUUAACGGUUUCAAUUCAGUAAAAGCAUCUGCAUACGAUUUAAGUAUGAAUAUAGUUCGUGUAUGUAUGUACUUUUAUGUGUACAUAGAGAGGUUUGUGUUUUUGCUUAGACGUUGUUGAUGGGUUUUAAUUGUUGAAGUAUUGAAGUUUCAGGGUAUUUUUAGAAUAAUAUCAUUUUAAUUGGGUGUUUUUCAAACAAUGAAUUUGUGGCAAUCUUGCC